CCCUCUCCCCGCGCGCCGCCGCCCUCUGCGCCCUGGGGGGCGUCUCGCUCUCGGGGUGCUGCUGCCAGGUGCUUCUCGGGCGGGUCCUGGGGGGCGCCGGCCAAUCGCGGGGACCCUCGUCGCGCCCCGCGGGGUCCCCGCGUCUCCCCGCCCCGUCGCGCCCCGCCUCCUCCGGCCGCAAACUCCAAGUCGGUCCCCGCCCGGCCGGGGCUGCGCGGCGCGCGCGAAGCUAGUCUCGGGGCCCCAGCGGGGACCCCCGGCGCCGCCCAGGCCUCGGACCCGCGCCCGCCAUGGCCGCCAAGCUGCUGCUCCUGCUCGGCCUCUUCUCGGGCUUGCACGCGCGGUCCAGGAAGGUGGAUGAGGAUGAAUAUGAAGAUUCCUCUUCAAACCAAAAGUGGGUCUUAGCUCCCAAAUCCCAGGACACCGAUGUGACUCUUAUUCUGAACAAGUUGCUUCGAGAAUAUGACAAGAAGCUGAGACCGGACAUUGGAAUAAAACCCACUGUGAUUGAUGUCGACAUCUAUGUGAACAGCAUUGGGCCCGUCUCAUCAAUAAACAUGGAGUACCAGAUCGAUGUGUUCUUUGCCCAGACCUGGACAGAUAGCCGCCUUCGAUUCAACAGCACCAUGAAAAUCCUGACCCUGAACAGCAACAUGGUGGGGCUGAUCUGGAUCCCCGACACCAUCUUCCGAAAUUCUAAGACUGCGGAGGCCCACUGGAUCACCACGCCCAAUCAACUCCUCCGAAUCUGGAAUGAUGGGAAAAUCCUUUACACAUUAAGGCUUACCAUCAAUGCAGAGUGUCAGCUGCAGCUACACAAUUUCCCCAUGGAUGAGCACUCCUGCCCUCUCAUUUUCUCCAGCUAUGGCUACCCUAAGGAAGAAAUGAUUUAUAGAUGGAGAAAAAACUCAGUUGAGGCAGCGGAUCAGAAGUCCUGGCGGCUUUAUCAGUUUGACUUCAUGGGCCUGAGGAACACCACGGAGACUGUGACCACUUCUGCAGGUGACUAUGUCGUCAUGACUGUCUACUUCGAACUGAGCAGAAGAAUGGGGUACUUCACCAUCCAGACAUACAUCCCCUGUGUACUGACUGUGGUGUUAUCGUGGGUUUCAUUUUGGAUCAAAAAAGAUGCUACACCAGCGAGGACAGCACUAGGCAUCACCACCGUGCUGACUAUGACCACCCUCAGCACCAUCGCCAGGAAGUCUCUGCCCCGCGUGUCCUACGUGACGGCCAUGGACCUCUUCGUGACCGUGUGCUUCUUAUUUGUCUUCGCCGCCCUGAUGGAGUAUGCCACCCUUAACUACUACUCAAGCUGUAGAAAACCAACCACCACUAAAAAGAAAACAUCGUUAUUGCACCCAGAUUCCUCGAGGUGGAUCCCCGAGCGUAUAAGCCUCCAAGCCCCUUCCGUAUGUAUAGGGUUGCAGAACUACUCUCUCCUGGACAUGAGGCCACCUCCCGCUGCAGUGAUUACGUUGAACAACCCCGUGUACUGGAAGGACUUUGAGGAGGCGUGUGUCUACGAGUGUCUGGACGGCAAAGACUGUCAGAGCUUCUUCUGCUGCUACGAGGAAUGCAAAUCGGGAUCGUGGAGGAAAGGCCGCAUCCACAUAGACAUCCUGGAGCUGGACUCGUACUCCCGGGUCUUCUUCCCCACCACCUUCCUGCUCUUUAACUUGGUCUACUGGGUCGGAUAUCUGUAUCUCUAAGUGGCCACUUCACAGCACUAGAUCCCCACCCCCGCAACUCCAUCCCCCCUUGGUCAUCAGUCCUCCCCAGACCAGUAGUGACCAAUCGGAGCACAUGCUCACUUGCUAUAAAGUCACCCCUUAACCUUCGAGCAGCGCGGAAAUCCGCGGCAAAUACUUGGAUCGUGUAUUUCGCACUCACACAUGUGUGCACACACUCGUUUCUUGAGUCGUCAAGUGAUUUUUUUUUCUUGCUAAUUCUUGAAUCUGUCCUGUGGUGAUGUUUACAAACGGUGUCUGGGUAUUUGGAACUAGCUGAUGAUUAUCCUGGCUAAGAAAUCUGUAAACAUGCAAGCAAACAUGUAAGUAGCUCUCUCCAGCCCGCCCUGCUGUCUCUUUCCUCUCCGCCUUGAGCACUAAACCCAGUCGGGCAGAGCCCCGACACUCAUCCUAACUCUGGCCCCAUGUCCCUGGGCCACCUGAGUUCAGUGGACCGCAGUGAGUUUUGAUGCAGUCUCCCCUCUGGGACUGCUCUGGCACCAUUAUAGCCCACCUCCCUGCAUCCUAGGCCUUGGUUGUACCUUCAUUACCCACAAGUGCCCUGUUGAGAGGAAAAAAUUCUGAUUUUCAAAGUUCUCAUAUUAAUGAAAUGAACAGUGUUGAUUAGGUCUAAAGAGCAGGAAGUGACUACUUUAGUGCACCAUUGCUGACGAAUGGGAGAAGUUGAGUUCUGGGUUAGUGAAUUAGUUGAGCUUGAGUUAACAUUUCAGCCUAAGGAUUGUAUCUUACCAUGAAAGGCUCAAUGCCAGAGUCUGGGACUGGCUGAUAUUAUUGUGAAUUUGGUGAUUAUCUUCAUCUUGCAAAUAUGUAUACAACAUUCACAAGCCUCUGUCUUGAAAACAUUCAAAGUGUGAAAGAAAUGUAGAUAGAAUUUUAAAAUUUUCUUAGUGAAUCUCAAUUUUCAAAUCAACUUUGGAUGCAAAAAAAUGGGUAGUGGCUAUCACCAGUGAUCUAUUUUGAUGAACAAAACUUAUUUUAUACUUUGAAAUAUGAAUACAUAGCAAAAUCCCAAAGAAAUAGCCCCUGAAAUUAUUACUCUUUUGAUAUUUUUAUAACACAAAACCAACUUGCUUCUUGAAGUUAGUUCUUUGUUAUAACUGGAUUCCACUAUAUACUUCACAAGACUCUUCAGAAGCUUCCCACUGUAGAUAGGGAAAAAAAUUCUACCAGUUCAUUAAUAAUUCUUGACAGCAUUGUCAAAAUUUUGGUACUUUCUGUGCUUCUCAUCUCUUUCAUCCAGAAAAUUGCAUUGAUCUUAUUGGAAAUCACAGCAUUUCAUCUUCAUUAUCAGUUAUCCAUACUGUUAUUACUCAGAAAAGAUAUAAAACGUAAUAUAGAGAAAGUAUUUGCUGGUUUCACACAUAUUACUGGGCACAUACAGAUCAGAACAUGAAACUAGAAAUGCUAAGUUCAAUAGAUCAAUUUUUAUUGACAGCUUCACAUAGCCAAUAAAUGCAUAUAUCCGAAUAGAAUCACCGAGUUGCCGAAGGUGGAAGCUGGACACUGUGAGACUUCGAAGCCCUUGCUGGCUUUAGAACUGAUCGGCUCUGAGUAGGCUGCCAGCUGGUUGGCUGCUUAGCAAAUCCAAUGCUAAAAAGUAAAAUAACAAUCGCUAUUUGUGGAUACAUAGGUUAAACCUAUUGGCUUAAGUGAGAUUUUUGCUCUAUUUCUGAAUUGGGCUACUAGUGGAAUCCUGUCCCUUAUGCACAACCCCAUAUUCACUCUUGGUGCAGAUUUCUGGAGAGUUCCUGAUCAAAGAACCUCCACAGACCCCACUAGAGCCCCAACAAGACCCCUGAGGAGAACUGGCUCUUCUCGGGGCUUAUUCAAACAAUAUUUCAAACAUUAUGAUUUUUCUUUCAAAAAUUUUUAACCAUUUUAAAAGAAGUUCUGGGGUUGGGUAAGGUACUUGCAAGCAAUCCUGAUUCUGUCCUCUGAGCACUGCCAGGAGUGAACCCUGAGCACAGAACUAGGACAAAGCCCUGAACAUUGCUCGGUGUGGCUCCAAAACAAAAACAAGAACAAUUUAAAAAGUAGUCCUGGAGAGAAGUAAAUUUUCUAAUAACAUUCUUCUUGGGCAGAAAAUGACCCAAACACAUCUUUAUAAUAUAUAAUUGGUCAAUUUUCUGUUACAAAAUUUUGGCUGAUGUCUUUUGUCCCAAAGCUACUAUUUGGACAUGAUUGGUAACCCUUGUACAAGGAUACACAUCUUUAGGACGCUUACUUAGCUGAGAGUCACAGGUCAUGAGACCCAUUGCACUAGCCUGCGUGCCUUGACCCCACCGUCUCUGCCUGGCUCACUUUGCGAGGUGAACUCUAUUUACAAUGGUCGGUUGGCAGUUGUGGGGAAGUUGUCUAAGUCUCUUCAUUCCCAAGGUGCUGGAAUGUUCUUCUGCUUCAGAAAGACUCUGCACUUGGGAGGCAGCAGCUUUUCCUAACAAGGGGUCCAAAUCUCUGACCUCAAUGGCUGAGAGACUCUGUCUGUCUCAGUGUUAAAUAGCAUUCAAUCUUGUUAGCAAAAAGAGAAGGCAUUUCUCCAUAAGUGGAUUAGAUUUUUUUUUAAAUUCUUGUCGAGAACCUAGAAAACUACAGUUUCUGAGAUGUCUCAACACAUUUUUAAGAGCAGAGACUCUCAAAUACUGGACAGAGAAGGGUAAUGUUACUCUCAUUUCCUCUGGACCCAGCAAUUACUGCCCUCAAUUUACCCAACACAUGCCUUAAAAUAACAAACAGAAUUCAAAAUAUAUCCAUCUUGUAGACUUUCCAGUCCCUGUGAUCAGCCAUAUUUUAUACCAGGCUUUAUUUAUCCCUUAGAAAUGGAGAAUUUAUUUUAUUUCUUUACCUGCCAGUUAUGUCCUAAUUUUUAAUAUCAAAUCAGCAAAGAGCAACCUUCAUGUUGGUUCUUCGACUGAAGACAUGUUUGUCCUUCAUAAAAAAGCAUCUUCCGGUCAUAUCAAGGAAAAUGGGGCCAAAUUCAAUCCAUUGUUGAUGAGUGUCUAUAAAAGAAUUUUCUAAUCAAGUUCUCUGACCAGGCCAUCACUUUUUCAGUAAUUCUUACUAACCAUAUUCAGGUAUGCUUUCCUCUCUGCAGAAUAGCAUGCUCUUUAAGUAACUGGUAGCCUGAUUUGUCUCAUUAAUGUUUGCCCACAACUACAUACAUCCUUCCUCUAAAAAGGAUGGAAGGGACAUCCUCUCUCUAAAGGGCUAAAACACAAGAUAGACAAAACCUCUUCUUUCUCAAUCAUUUAACCUGGCUGCCAAUCACCAGAAAUUUUCUGUGAAGACUUGAAGAUUCCUAACAGGUCUACAACCACCACAUCAGUGCUCUUAAGACAUAAGUCAUUUUUUUCUAUUGGCCCCAAGAGAGAGUAUAGUGGAUAAGGCACUGGGACUGACCCUGAUUUGUUCCCCAGCACCCCAUAUGGUCCCCUGAAUAUCUCCAGGAGUAAUCCCUGAUAACAGAGUCAGAAGUAGGUCCUGAGCACAGGGCCAGAAGUGUGCCCGAAGCCAGGCGUGGCCCCAAAACAAAAAGAUACAAGACCUUCCCAUUGUCUUCAGGGUCCUGCAUGAUCAGUGUUUUUGCUGAGAGCGACAAGUUAUCGUCACAUAUAAGUGGCUUGUAUAUAAAGUUUCAUCGUGAUUUCCUUAAAAACAAAAGUUGGAAUCAACUGAGAUCAAUAUUUUGGGAUAUAAAUAUAGUCUAAAAUGUUUCUUUUGCUCGUAUUUACCUGUAGAAAUCAUUCAGGUUCCAAAGUUUAGCAAUGCCUCCACACCGUGUUAUCUAUCACCAUCUUCAAAGAAAAAAAAAACUGGGUCCAGCAAAAUGAGACUCCUAGAAUUCCUUGCUGGCUUACCUUUCAUUUUCUGUGGCUCUAGUGGUAAGAGAGUGCUUGUGUGGCCCCUUAAGUUUGAUUCCUAACAUCAGAUACCCCCAAUACUGUGUAGCAACCCCAGCACCUGAGAACUCCCUAAAUACUAAGAAUAAUCCCUUCUACUACAAAAAAAUAGAUCAUUCUAAUUAAAGGGCAAAUAAUGACAGUACGGGGACAUCUCUGAAAAUCUAAAAAGUUGGUUGUUUUAAAAUAUUUGAUUGUUUUUGAAGACAGGAGAUUCGGGCAUUUGCACUCCUGUCUUAGAAAGUAGCAGUUCAGGGUAAGCCUGACCUUACCCUAAAAGUGUUUCCUAACAUUCACUUCUUUCUUUUCCAAUGUGUCUUCUACUAAAACAAGGCUUUGGUUUCUCCGUGUUGUCAUUAAAACACCUUAAACCACUUAUUACUCUGCUCACAUUUAGGGGAAAGAAACAGCAAAAUUUUUAGCAACUUAAAUGAAUCAGCUCUUAAUAAUUAGUUGAAUAGUCCCUAACAAGUUUUUAAUGGUUUGAGUUAACCAAGUGGGUUUUCUCAGAUUGUGACAAUAGGAACAUGAGCUGGAAAGUAAUUAGGGAGACAAAGUAUAGAUGGGUGUGUGCACACACACAUACAGCAAAUACUGAAUGUAACGCUCAGGUAAUUGAGGGAAUCUGAAUUGUUUUGCUUGAAUUAUCCAGAUAAUAACCUACUUUCAGCACUUCAUUUUUCGCUCUUGUAAACACAACAGCAAGUUUUCUCUGCCAGGGAGCCUGUUCUACAAAGUGGGGAGAUAAGAAAGGGCUCCCACAGAAAGGAGGGUCUCUAUAGGCUGAGGGCUUCACACUGAGCAGCUGGAAGAUUAGUAGUCAAUUAAAUCCCCCAGAUUAGAUGGUAGCUACUGGCUGAUUGGGGUUGCUUUGCUUUUCCCACCAACCACUUUUCCACAAAAGGAUUAAAAAUCUUCAUUUGCCAUAAGAAAAAUCCAAGCACUGUCAGAUGCCAAUUAAGGGGUGGGACAGGGCAAGAUGCUAAGGUGCUGGAUUUGAUAAAAUCAAACAUUUUUAUUGUUGACUGUUGGCAUUUAUAGCAGGACAUAUUGGAAGUGAGUUUUAUCAAAGUUUUAUCACAUAUGCUUGGCUGGACAGCGGGACUGGCCAUCCUCUCUGUGGCUGUGGCAAUCCCAACUGACCCCUCCAAUGGUCAGCUGCCUGUCCUGUUUGCUGAGAUCACAGACUGCCUAAUACACCAAGACCCCAGGCGAUGCCACACAGAGAGAAAAGUGUAGCAGCUUCCAACAUGACUGAAAGGUAAUGACAGAAAAUUCACCUCACUUACUGACUGCAUGUUCAGACUGUCAGGAUCAUCAUGGCUGGCUCAUAGAAGAAACUGCUGAAUCAUCAUCCACAUCAUUAUCAUUAUUAUACUAUUACUGUCACCACCUAUCAUUGCAUCAUCACUACCCUUGACAUCAUCACACCGAUCAUUACAUCACUACCCUUGACAUCACACACAUCAUUACAUCAUCACUACCCUUGACAUCAUCACGCCCAUCAUUACAUCACUACCCUUGACAUCACACACAUCAUUACAUCAUCACUACCCUUGACAUCAUCAUGCCCAUCAUUACAUAAUCUCUACCAUUGGCAUUGUCAUCACAUCAUCCAUUUAUCCCUCUCCCCAUCACUGUUCUCACAAUCGCCACUCAUCAUCCUCUAUAUCCCUUUUCAUGUUCCAUUAUCAGUCUUUAGCCAUUGAUUCAACAUAAAGGUUUAACAUCUUUUUCCCAGUCAAAACAAAAGCAAAAUCUUAAUUAAGGAGGUAAUGGAGGAUGUGCCACUAGUUUAAAUCUGUGCUUGCCUAAAUCAUGCUAGAACUUCUCUUUGUUCCCGAAGUGCCACCUACCCUGUUUCUACCAGCAUUUAAAAUUAUUCUGCCACAUUUUUAUUUGUUAGUUUCCUCCACUAUUUUUGUUUUCACUGCACUUGACUUUUUUAGAUCCCCUUUUGUAAAGGUAAUAUUUCAAUCUGCUAGGAAUUCUAUUCCCUGAAAUGGAUGCAUCUCUGAACACUGGAGGGUGUGUGAGCCCCGAAGGACAAUCAGUGUGAUUCUUACUAGACAAUUGCCCUAGGCUUUGAUGUCCGUUCAUUUAUCUGGAGGGUUUUAUUCUGUGCAGACUGUCUAGAAUAUCUCAUCCAACCAUUUUAAGAGACAUGCUCAAUCAUUCUUGACCUUCAAAAUAAGCAAUCUUGUGCCAGUUGACAAUGUUUACAUGUUAAUAUGCUUGUGUAAUUACACCUCUUUCCUUAUGCAAGAGGGACUGAGAGAAGGGUUUUGAUCCUCAUGAGCACAUGUGUGAGGACAGAUUCUAGUAGAAUGGCAGUUCUCAGAGACGGGGCCUGGUGACCAUGUGUCUACGUGCAGUACUGUGUAUGUUUGUGUCUUAUGUUCCAUGGUCAUCCGGGACAACCUACUCAUCUGUGCUUUGCUGUUUCCAUCCCCCAAAGUAACAGAAGCAAGUAGGAAGGGGCACUUCUGCUUGGUGUCUGUCUAUGGGAGUCAGGAUAGCUGCUGGCUAGGCCUUUGGGAAGGCAAGGGAAGAGAACAAGACCAGAGCAGGGAAGAGACAGUGACUGACAAUCUAAAUUUAAUAGAAAUUGAGAAUACUUCUUUUUUACUUAAAAAAAAAAGUCAAGCUUCAGCUUAAAGUGGCAGAUGAGUUUGUUCUGGGAUCUGAAUAAACACUCCUCCUGAGAGCCAGAGCCUCAUUUUCACCCCGGGGGCCCAUGUGAGCAAGUUAUCUAUCAUUUGUGCUCUGGAUCCAUUUUGCCUAAUGGAAUCGAAGUCAUUCUCGAGGUGGGGGCAUGGGGUGGGCACAGGGGCAAAGGUUUCUGCGGAGCUGGGGGGAGCAAUGGAAAGGCAGCAGCAGCUCCCAGGAGCUGGGCGCUGGGAGUCCUCCCCAGCUGGGGGAAAGUAUGCAGGUACAGAGGAGGAGAGAGACUUCCGGAAUCUGAACUCAUCCUGCAGAGGCUGUGAUGGGGACAGGCAAGGUCCCUGAACUCACUGGAGCCCUCACCCUUGGUCCCCAGUGUCCCUGGAGUCCUUCCCCAACCUCUUCCCCACCCCACCCUCAACGCUAGUCAACCAGCUUGUGGCGUCCUAGUGAAAUGGGGACACGCCUGCGUCCCAUGUGCCUUGGUGACCCGGGUGGCAAGCACCCAGCUUGGUCUGUGCAUCCUGCAGAACCACCACCAAGGGCCACACUCUAUGGCCACGCCCCCUUAUGACCACGCCCCCAGAGGCUGUGUCCCUAUUGGCCACGCGUCUUGAGACCACACCCCUUGGAGACUGUCUUUGUUGGAUGUGCCCGUGGCCACGCCCCCGAGACUGUGUUCCUAUUGGCCACAUCCCUGAGGCCACACCGCUGGAAGCCGUGUCCCUGUUUGGCCACGCCCCCGCUGGCCAUGCUCCUGCGGCAGCGCCUGCUGGGCCGGGCAGCCUCUGUCUUUGUACUGGACCUUUGUACUGGGAACACGAAUAAACGCCUUUGUUGUCAGAAAAACUCUUCGAGCUGAACUUCUUCCUGGACUGGGACCUAGGGAGCAAACUCUGGGUCACCUUACUGCCUCCCAGGAGUUUGCCUGGUCGAAAGUGGACCAGGACAGCAGUCUGAGUGCCCCUGCAGAACUGACCCUAAAUGUGCUUCGUGCAGCUAUACCGGUCAGUGCCUC